CAUCCCCCACCCCCACCGCCCACCGCCCAGCCUCUGGCGGCGAUGAGACAGAGCGGCACCUCCCAGCCCCUGCUGAUCAACAUGUACCUGCCAGAUCCGGUCGGAGACGGUCUCUUCAAAGAAGGGAAGAGCCCGGGGUGGGGGCCGCUGAGCCCCGCGGUACAAAAAGGCAGUGGGCAGAUCCAGCUGUGGCAGUUUCUGCUGGAGCUGCUGGCGGACCGCGCCAACGCCGGCUGCAUCGCGUGGGAAGGUGGCCACGGCGAGUUCAAGCUCACGGACCCAGACGAGGUGGCGCGGCGCUGGGGCGAGCGCAAGAGCAAGCCCAACAUGAACUACGACAAGCUGAGCCGCGCGCUGCGCUACUACUACGACAAGAACAUCAUGAGCAAGGUGCACGGCAAACGCUACGCCUACCGCUUCGACUUCCAGGGCCUGGCGCAGGCCUGCCAGCCGCCGCCGACCCACGCGCAGGCCGCCGCCGCCGCGGCCGCUGCCGCCGCGGCCGCCCAGGACGGCGCGCUCUACAAGCUGCCCGCCGGCCUCGCCCCGCUGCCCUUCCCCGGCCUCUCCAAACUCAACCUCAUGGCCGCCUCCGCCGGCGUCGCGCCCGCCGGCUUCUCCUACUGGCCGGGCCCGGGCCCUGCCGCCACCGCCGCCGCCACCGCCGCGCUCUACCCUAGCCCCGGCUUGCAGCCCCCGCCCGGGCCCUUCGGCGCCGUAGCCGCCGCCUCGCACUUGGGGGGCCAUUACCACUAGACGCGCGGCCGGGUGUGCGCGGCCUCUCCCAGCCGCCCAGAGCCUCGCUCGGUCCCGUCCACGUCCCGGGGAGGAGUCCCCGGCGCCUCCCCGACGUUCCUCCGACCUCGGAUUUGACUGCAUCCUUCGCCGCGCCCACCCCGGGGGAAGGGACCCGAAGCCCUCUCGGUUUUCCUUUAACACCGGACGUCCCCGGCUCCCCCCCACCCAACCUCUGGGGAGGGGGAGG